GUUCACCGGGUGUCUUGCUAGAAACUGAGUGCAGGCAGUAUGUAGGCAUCUUCCAUUCAGAAUGAACAUUAAUGUGUUGAAUAGAGAAGAAAGCUUUUAAAAAUGUAUUUGUCAAAAUUGCGUGGCUUUUAAAAAGGGAUAAAGAGAUGCUGAACAUUUUGUAUGUUAGCAUCAACUCUUUAUUUCUGUUCAGACUGUUAAGUUUUCAGAGGCUUAAAUACAAAACGAUUUAAGAAGAAAGGAAGAAUCUGCUUAGUCGCCUCUGCUGAAGAAGUGCUUCAUCACCCUCUUCCUCCCCCUGUCUCUCUGCAGCUCUCUGUAGGUUAGAGUCUGUGCCGGCUGCAGAGUGUUCAUGUGUUAGCUGAAUAGAGUUCAUUGGCAGACACAGAUCAAUACAGGUUUUCUUUCUUUCUCCAAAUUACAAAAUGCCAUCCAAAGAGUCUUGGUCAGGGAGGAAAACUAACAGAGCUGCAGUUCAGAAAUCAAAACAAGAGGGCCGUCAGCAAGAUUUAUUGAUAGCAGCCUUGGGAAUGAAACUGGGUUCUCAAAAGUCGUCUGUGACAAUCUGGCAACCUCUGAAACUCUUUGCUUAUUCGCAGUUGACAUCACUUGUUAGAAGAGCAACUCUGAAAGAAAAUGAGCAAAUUCCGAAAUAUGAAAAGGUUCACAAUUUCAAGGUCCAUACAUUCCGAGGGCCACACUGGUGUGAAUACUGUGCCAACUUCAUGUGGGGUCUCAUUGCUCAGGGAGUGAAAUGUGCAGAUUGUGGUUUGAAUGUUCAUAAGCAGUGUUCCAAGAUGGUCCCAAAUGACUGCAAGCCAGACUUGAAGCACGUGAAGAAGGUGUACAGUUGUGACCUCACGACGCUCGUGAAAGCGCACAUCACUAAGCGGCCCAUGGUGGUGGACAUGUGCAUCAGGGAAAUUGAGUCUAGAGGUCUUAAUUCUGAAGGACUAUACCGAGUAUCAGGAUUUAGUGACCUAAUUGAAGAUGUCAAGAUGGCCUUUGAUAGAGAUGGUGAGAAAGCAGAUAUCUCGGUGAACAUGUAUGAAGACAUCAACAUUAUCACUGGCGCACUUAAACUGUACUUCAGGGAUUUGCCAAUUCCACUCAUUACAUAUGAUGCCUACCCUAAGUUCAUCGAGUCUGCCAAAAUUAUGGAUCCUGAUGAGCAACUGGAAACCCUUCACGAAGCGCUGAAACUCCUGCCACCUGCUCACUGCGAAACCCUCCGGUACCUCAUGGCACAUCUAAAGAGAGUGACUCUCCACGAGAAGGAGAAUCUCAUGAAUGCAGAGAACCUUGGAAUUGUCUUUGGCCCAACCCUUAUGAGAUCCCCAGAACAAGAUGCGAUGGCUGCACUGAACGAUAUAAGAUAUCAGAGACUGGUGGUAGAGCUGCUUAUCAAAAAUGAAGACAUUCUAUUUUAAAUUUUUAAUUGGAGGGAAAAGAAAUGUUUUACAAAUGAAUGGUGUUUUAUAGUAAUUUAAUUGGCUCCAUUAGCUGAAUUAUUUCUUGGUUAGAGGUUUGGGAGAUGAAAAUGAAGGAACUGUCAUUUCUGUAGCUCCACUCUGCUGUCCUUAUAAAACAGUGAAUACACGCUUUCCAGUUCUAGUAAUCCUGGGUGUUUAUCAUGUUAUGAGAAACUCAAGCUAUAUUGCAUGAUUACCCCUCAUUUGGUAAGGAAACCCCAUGCAACAAACACAGACCUGCACCCACUCCGCCUCCGCCCUGGAUAGUCUGUGGUUGUAACCCAGCAUGUUUCACAGAGUAAACCUGUUGUGACUUUGCUUUUGGGGUCCAUGCCAUUGGUUUCUGCUGCUUGUACAAACAUGCGUGCACACAUACACACACAUGGAUAAACUGCACCCCUGGCUGUUGCGUUACCAUAGAUUAUAUCCUACUCUGACUUUUCACAAAGGAUUUCUAGUUUCUCUCAAGCUCUUCUCUAACAUUGUACUUUCUUUCCAGCAAAAGCAAAAUGUGCUUUCAGCUUUACUUUACCAAGUUAUCCUACCAAUAAAAUGUACAACACACAA